UUUUUCUCAGACAAUUUGUUGUAAUCCGAGCAAUCGGCACUUUAUUCUGCUGGUCCAUCUCUAUAGUCCUAUGCAGGAAUUCAUAAAUGUGUGGGUCCGGGAUCCUCGCAUUCAAAAGGAGGACUUCUGGCAUGCAUAUCUGGAUUAUGAGAUCUGCGUACAUACAAACAGCUUGGCCUUCAAUAAGAAGAGCUCUUGUGUGCGAAGGAGGUACAGCGAGUUUGUAUGGUUGAGGCAGAAGCUGCAGGAGAAUGCCUUGCUUGUAGUGAAUCUACCUGAGCUUCCUCCAAAGAACCCCUUCUUCAGCCUCAACAAUGCCCGACAGAUCACUGAUCGCAUGGAAGGACUAAGGCACUUCCUGGAAGAGAUCGUGCGCAACCCAGUGUUGCUGUCUGAUAGCUGUCUGCACCUCUUUCUGCAGUCUCAGCUGAGUGUAAAGAAAAUUGAGGCCUGCGCUGAGGGCAAGAGCCACUACACUGUCACUGAGGCCAUUCAGAGCUCUGGCUCCAAGAUACAACGUUUCUGCUCUGAAGAGAACUCACAAGAGGAGAGAGAAACUGACUCCGAGUGACUGGCUUUUGUCAGAUUUAUUUUGGUCAUGGCUCUUGAUUAAUCAUUGAGGGAAAACAAAGAAAACAUUUAAUCACAGUGUAUUUGCCACAGCAUUCAGAAUUCAAGCCAUCCAACCUAAAAUGGGAUAAAUGCAUAUGUAAAAUGUGAUUGCUAAAUGAUUAAUCUAAGCUGGUCCUCCUCUUUUCCUUUUUGUGCUGUGAAUGUGUACUGUAUCUAUAAUAAUAUUUAUCUUUAUUGCCCAAUAAUAAAGCCUUAUUGGGACUGAAUUUGUGGGAAAACAUUCAGCGUGUGGUCUCUGUAUGAAAUAUUUUAAUGUUUGAACCACAGAUGGGUCUUGAGAGUUUUAUAGGAUGAAUUUACUGUGCGCUUGCAAAUGAUCCUUAACUGUCUCUAAGCAAGCCAACUCAAAGGAUGUUUUAACUGAGGCCCCUGAGGGAUGUAUUCUGGCUAUUGCGUAGAUCAUUGUUAUGCUAAGUGUCAUAAUCAUAACGCAGAAAGACUAAUAACACAUAUGUAUCUAAAAACUGACUUCUCUAAUUGGUAAAUCUGACGGCUGUUUAAAAUGCUGCGUGCUUUUGGUCAGCAGGUGGCGCUUCUGCUAUGUUUAUUUGCUUGAAAGGCUGCUACACUACUGAGAUCCACUUUAGUCUUCUAUUAUUGUGCAGAUCGGAGUAUAAUGGAGUAUAAUAUACAUUGUGUGAAUGUGACUUUGACAUGUUAAAAUAAAUAAAUAAAAAUACAUACAAAAUU